UAUUUCAGCGAAUGGACCCCACAUACUAUUAUGGCGAUUCGCACUUGAUUUCUGUUUAUUGCAGUGCAAUGUGAGCCUACACUGAUUUUUGCUAGCCUGCCCUUGCUCGUUCAUUGGCAUUGGUAAAUCCCCCACCAGGGCAGCGGAAAUUGAGCAACCACUGGGCACCUUGGUAUCUAUUGCUUUUUGGCGUGUCCUGUGAAGGACCUCUCUGUUCCAACUCACAUCCUUUGAAUACGCACUAUCAGCCACUAGCCAGCACAACUGUGAACAAGCCCACCAAACGUUUAACCUGCCACACAUGUCCGCCGAAAGCAUCACCCGCGUAAUCCUAAACAACUACGUUCCAGACGGCACCCCCAAUCCUUCGGACUUUCGAAUCGAAACAGUGCCUGCACCAACCGCUGACAUGCUCAGGGACAGUGAGCUGCUGGUGCGCCCGCUGUACCUGUCGUGCGAUCCGUAUAUGCGCAACCGCAUCAAUGGUCGUGAUGGGUAUUAUAUUGAUGGCUUAAAAGCUGCGGCUCCUAUUGCUGGCCUUGGGCUUGGCGUUGUUGAGGCUUCAACAAGCAGCGGAUUUGCGCCUGGCGAUUUCGUAACUGGUGGAUUUUUCGACUGGGCACAAAAGGCAAUUGUGCCUGCAGCAGGAUUCAGCAAAGUCAGCGAAACCGACAGAGUGUCGUUGGUGGAUUAUGUUGGUGUGCUCGGUAUGCCGUCGUUCGCUGCUUAUGUUGGUCUAGUAACGCUAGGAAAGCCAAAGAAGGGUGAAACCUUGCUGGUCUCAUCUGCUGCAGGAGCUGUUGGCCAAAUGGUGGUGCAGCUGGCAAAAAUCCGUGGGCUACGUGUUGUUGGUGUUGCUGGCUCCGACAAGAAGGUUGAGUUCGUCAAGAGCCUUGGGGCCGAUGCUGCCUUCAACUACAAGACGUGUGGUAACUUUGAGCAAGCGAUUCGCCAGGCUGCACCAGAGGGAGUCGAUAUCUACUUUGACAAUGUUGGCGGGGAGUUCCUGGACGCUGCCUUGAUGAACAUGCGUCCGUAUGGACGUGUUGCUGCCUGUGGUCAAGCAUCUCAGUACAAUGUUACGGCCAACGAAACGUACAGGAUGGACAACUUUUUACAGGUGAUAAAUCGAAAGCUGAACGUAACUGGCUAUGUAAUCACUGACCACUACCCAACACCAUCGUUCGCAGAGUUUUUGGCAGAGGUUGAUGAGGUUAUUGGGCUUGAGAACGGACCGACAGCAUUGAUCGAUGUAUUUGUUGGAAAUAACUUUGGAAAGCGAAUCAUAAGAGUCUAGAGCAUGUUUCGAUUAGGUGCAAUACAUAGUUGAGGCGAUUAUUUUCCUACCCGCGUCAUAUUUUCACCAUACAUAUCUAUCGUGCAGUAAAUAAAAUGAUAUGUGUCGGGAUUGGC